CAAUCUACAGCUCUUAAACUUGAAUGCACUUAAACACACAUUUUAAAAAAAGAUUUUAAUGACCAAAUAUUGAACUCCGAAAUCGCGCUCUGGCGGAGUUGGCCUUCCACUUUUGUUCUUCUCUCUAACAAUCGAUGUUGGCCAGAUCCGGUCCUGGCGGCUUGUUUUUCCAGGUGCUCUGCUCGGGCACCAGAGGGCCUCUGAACUCAAAGGCAGCUUGAUGGAUAUUUGUAUUUGAGCACUGAAGACUGAGCCCACCCAGGGCUACUCGGGGGGGGCGGCAUCUGUGAGCUGUAUAAAACUUCCCAGUGGCAUAGCUUUUCAUUGGCAGACCAGUGAAGAACUGAGACGGAGCAGAGAAGAAAUAACACUAAAUUACAAUGGUAUCUUUAGGGCUGCAGAUCCUGGGCGUCGGGCUGGCGGUGCUUGGCUGGAUUGGAAACAUACUAAUCUGUAUGCUGCCUCUGUGGAAGGUGUCCGCUUUCAUUGGAAACAACAUUGUGGUGGCUCAGACCAUCUGGGAAGGGCUGUGGAUGUCCUGCGUGGUGCAGAGCACCGGCCAGAUGCAGUGCAAGGUCUACGACUCCCUCCUGGCUCUGCCUACGGACCUCCAGGCGGGCCGCGCCAUGGCGGUCAUCGCCAUCCUGUUGUCACUGUUCGGCCUGCUGCUUUCUGUGGUGGGAGGGAAAUGCACCACAUGCAUUGGGGACCAGGUAGUAAAAGCCAGAGUGGUCAUCUCCGCGGGAGUCUUCUUCGUUUUGAGUGGGGCUCUGUGUUUGGUGACCGUGUCGCUGCCUGCCAAUACCAUUAUAAAGGACUUCUACAACCCCAUGGUCCCUGACUCCCAGAGGAGAGAGCUGGGUGCAUGUCUGUACGUGGGCUGGGGAGCAUCAGGACUCCUGAUGAUCGGCGGCGCUCUUCUCUGCUGUCAGUGCCCGUCCGGAGGAGACCGCUACAACGGAGCAAAGUACUCUGCCCCUAAAUCCACAACGCCUGGGAAGGAAUUUGUCUGAGUGGCUUCAUUAUAUGAGAGGAAGCACUCUUUUAAGUGGCAUCAGACUUUACACACAGUACAAACUGUUUCUUAUGAAAUUGUGACUAAUCUUUAUGCAAGACAUUGUGUGCUUUAAUUUAUGUGCCAUGUUGACAUAAUGCGACCUGGAGUUCGGAUUGAAGCUCAAUUCGUUUCUUAAAUGUUUUUUGUGUAUUAAAUGCAAUACUAAUUACUAAUUCUGUCACUGCUUGUGUUUCUUAUUUACAACUUAUGAAAGACUUGAAUCAUUUGUCAUUUUUUUGCAUUCAGAUAAUCAACAGAUAUUGUUGUCACAAUUUGUUGUUUGAUGCAACAUAAAUGAGGGAUAAAUCUAAGCUUUGGUUUUUCAAUGCUAAAUUCUAGAGACAAAUAUUGAACACUGCUAUUUACUACAGUAGUUAAUUUAAUUUGUUGCACAGUGCAUUAUUGAACUAGCUCAUUUUAUGUUGUAAAGGUCGUCAAGCUGUUUGGCUAAAUAACCGCUUAAUUUUGCAGCAGUUCAGCUGAGACAUCAAAGUUGCUUUUAAAAUGUACAUAUUAAUCGAAGAUGCAUAUAGCAAAGUCUGUGGGAUUCUGCAAAGUGCUUGCUAUAAUUUAAAAAUGUCUUUUACUUACUAUUUUGAGGGGUUUUGCUACGGAGUAAAAGUAAAUGGAAAAAGU